GUGGACAUAGCCCAGAUACGAGGAGGACGCUCUAGGUUUAUAUUUAAAACCACUCCGAUAAAACCCUAGCAUCUCCUUUCUCUUCUCCUCCAGGCCGCCCUACUAGCUAUUGGAGCUACAGAAAUUCUCUGCAGUCGAGAUCAGAGGUAGUAGAGAUGGCAGAAGAAGCUAAGGUAGCUGCUAUUGUUCCCGAGUCUGUUUUGAAGAAGAGGAAGAGAAAUGACGAGUGGGCUUUGGCCAAGACCCAGGCAACAGUGGCACAGAAGAAGAAGAGUGCCGAGAACAGGAAGAUCAUCUUCAAAAGGGCUGAGCAGUAUGCCAAGGAGUACAAGGACCAGGAGAGGGAGUUGAUCAGGUUGAAGAGAGAGGCCAAACUUAAGGGUGGCUUCUAUGUCAGCCCAGAGGCCAAGCUGUUAUUCAUUGUCCGCAUUCGUGGUAUUAAUGCCAUGGACCCAAAGACUAGGAAGAUUUUGCAGCUGUUCCGUCUGAGACAGAUCUUCAAUGGUGUGUUCCUCAAGGUCAACAAGGCUACCGUGAACAUGCUCAGGAGAGUUGAGCCCUAUGUGACUUAUGGAUACCCUAAUCUUAAAUCUGUCAAGGAGUUGAUUUACAAGAGGGGGUUUGGCAAGCUAGACAAACAGAGAAUUCCCUUGACCGACAAUGCCAUUGUUGAACAGCAGGGUCUUGGAAAGUUUGGCAUCAUCUGUGUGGAAGAUCUCAUUCACGAGAUCAUGACUGUUGGCCCUCAUUUCAAGGAGGCCAACAACUUCCUGUGGCCAUUCAAGCUUAGCGCUCCAUUGGGCGGGUUGAAGAAGAAGAGGAACCACUAUGUGGAAGGUGGUGAUGCUGGAAACCGUGAGGAUUAUAUCAAUGAGCUCAUCAGGAGGAUGAACUAGACCUUUCACCUUUUUAUUGUAUUUUUAUUUUCAAGCUUUAGAGGUUGCACAACUUUUGACUAAGCCAUAGCUCCUGGGAUGUUAUGUUAUCAAUCUUUUCUGGAUCAUUGGAUAUUAUGUUACCAAGCGUUUUCUGGUCUCUAUUUUCCGAACAUCUAUAUUUGUAGUUGCAAGAGUAAUGUUUGCAGAAGUUUUGUGAGAAUCGAAUCACCAUUCUUGGUAUCAAUAUCAUAUCAGUUCAGUUAAAG